AUGACACGAGUCAGAUCUCGGUCACCCCCCAGAUCCAAGGCGCUUUCCCCGCCAAGAUAUGCAGACUCUAAAGAGUCCCUCCUGUUACAGCACCCUGAAGAGAGCAGCGAUGACCACUCGAGCGACCAGGAAGAUGGAAAAGACGGUUUUACAAUCCAAAAUCGUAGAAUAAGAAAAAAGAAAAAGAAGUCAAAAGGCAAGGACUCCACGCAGAACGUCGAGACCACCGAGAACGUCACCGAAGCCACCCAGGAAGUCGAGGAUUCCCAGAACAUCGAGGCCACCCAGGAAGUCGAGGACAUGGACGAAGACGUCCCAGGCGCCGAAGGCGGGGGCACUACCAAACGUCAGCGGGUUGAAGAGGAUGCCGCCAGCGAAGACGAGCUGACAAAGGCCAACGCAGAAAUCAACCGACUCAGAACCCUGAUGAAAGAAUUUGCAGCAAACGUUGAUGCAAACAACAAAAAAUACGAAGAGGUGAUCGCACAACAGAAGGCAGAGAUCAAAGAGCUGAAUACGGAGAUUCGACGAAUGAGCGAAAAGAUGGAUGCCAGAUUCGACGAGUUGAUAGCUCUCCAGAAACAACUCGCAAAGAAAUCGGAGAAGAAAAACCCCGAAAAGACGGACAAAAAGCCACCAAACAUGAUCAGUACUAGUAUGAAUCCCAUCGAGUACAUACAUAGGGUAAUGGAGUUUCAAAGUAAACUCAGCCUGUUAAAUAAAGAUAUUAAAUCAUAUGAGGAUUUAAAACAAAUUAAUAGCCAAUUCAAUAGUCUGCAUAUUGAGGGGCAAACGUGGAGGUCUGAAGAGCAGCAGCAGCAAGGUCUUUACGCCUUUAGAAAACUACCACAAGCUACAUAUCCGUUAAGACGUAUUCAGCCUACACCAUGGGAGCCACCAACAGCGAGAAUAUGA